UAAAGGGCAAACGAAUGCUCCAAGGCCCAAAACGACAUCGUCUAAUAUGAGAAAAGGCAAGUUCUAGUAAACGACACCAACACAGUACUCCUGGAUUUCGUUUCAUCUGAGUAACUACAAAGCAAAAACCCUGUCACCACCGAAAACAUUUUCCCACUCUUCUCGACUCUUUCUCCGGCCACCGUCAUCGCCGCCACACACGACUGCGAAAUCUCCGAGGGUAAAUGGCUCACCAACCGUUUGACCCAUACUACGCAUACCAGCAGCAGGAUGAGCGAAGCCACAUCAACACGUUGUUUGUGUCGGGCCUCCCAGACGACGUGAAGGCGCGUGAGAUUCACAACCUCUUCCGCCGUCGCCCCGGCUUCGACUCCUGCCAGCUAAAGUACACCGGACGCGCCAACCAGGUUGUUGCGUUUGCUACUUUUUUCAAUCAUCAAUCGGCGAUGGCAGCAUUGCACGCUUUAAAUGGCGUGAAAUUUGAUCCACAAGCUGGUUCUGUUUUGCAUAUUGAACUUGCUAGGUCAAACUCAAGGAGGAAGCGUAAGCCAGGUAGCGGAGCCUAUGUUGUUAUAGAUAAACGGUCUAAAGGAGAGGCUGAUGUUCAAGGGUCAUCAAGUGAUGAUGGUGACAGUGAUCCUGAUGAACCAUCAGGAAGUGGUGGCAGCCAUGGUGAUUUAGCAACCACUAAAAGCAGUGAGAUUAAGUUUGGCUCUGACAGUGCUGUGUCUGCGGAACAGCAUGAAAGGGGUCCUGAUGGAGGACCAUGCUCUACUCUCUUCAUUGCAAAUCUUGGUCCAAACUGCACCGAAGAUGAACUGAGACAAACUUUCUCAGUGUAUGCUGGAUUCAACAUGGUCAAAAUCCGUUCUAGAGGAGGAAUGCCGGUUGCAUUUGCUGAUUUUGAUGAAGUUGAACAAGCUACUAAGGUCAUGGAGCAGCUUCAGGGCAGCAUGCUGUCAUCGUCAGAUCGGGGUGGCAUGCACAUAGAAUACGCAAGGUCUAAAAUGAGGAAGCAUUAGAAGAAAUGGAAGCAAGCCAAUUUCCAGAUAAUUUUGUUGUUUGAUAUAAAGGCCAACAUUGUGUUUUCUCUAGCAUAGUUGCAACGUAUUGGAAAUAUUGGGAAUGUUUACCAACGUUAGAAAACAUCUUCAUUUUGUAGUAUAUUCCUUUCACUAAUAUAAAAAAAGAUAUUCCCUCAUUUUGUUUUUAUCCUUCAUUUUAGCUAAAUUUAUUACUGAGUUAUGGACUAAACAUGUCCUUGAUCUAUAAAGCUUGAUUUGUAAUGUUAAAUGGAAUAUUGUUGAGAAAUAGAGAUAUUAUGUACGUUCUGAUGA